CCGCGCGACGUCGGCGGCGAGCGAGCGCGGCAUCACGGGACGCGCGCGGCUCCAUGCGACCACCGCUCGCGCCAUGAGCGGCGCCCGCCCCCGCAGCGCACCGCUGCUGCUGGCGCUCGCGGCCGCGUUCCUCCCGCAAGCUAACCAUGUCGCGGGCGCCGGAGGGGGUGGCAUGUUCGGCGACGUCAAUAUAUCCGCCAUUUUGGAUUCAUUUAGUAUAAGUUACGAUAAAAGAGUAAGGCCAAACUAUGGAGGACCACCCGUGGAAGUGGGGGUUACCAUGUACGUGCUCUCCAUCAGCUCUCUGUCUGAAGUCAAAAUGGACUUCACGUUGGAUUUUUACUUCAGACAGUUUUGGACGGAUCCUCGGUUAGCGUAUAAAAAGAGACCCGGAGUUGAAACCUUAUCAGUUGGUUCUGAAUUUAUAAAGAACAUAUGGGUGCCUGAUACAUUCUUUGUAAAUGAAAAACAAUCGUAUUUCCACAUAGCAACCACUAGCAACGAAUUCAUACGUAUUCACUAUUCAGGCUCAAUUACUAGGAGUAUCAGAUUAACAAUCACCGCGUCGUGUCCUAUGAAUCUUCAGUAUUUCCCGAUGGAUCGCCAAUUAUGUCAUAUAGAGAUAGAGAGUUUCGGGUACACAAUGAGAGACAUUCGAUACCAUUGGAAAGACGGAUUAUCGAGCGUCGGUAUGAGCAACGAGGUGCAACUGCCGCAGUUCCGAGUGCUCGGCCACCGGCAGCGCGCCACUGUUGUAACGCUCACGACAGGAAACUACUCAAGAUUGGCAUGUGAGAUACAGUUUGUCCGCUCCAUGGGAUACUAUCUCAUUCAGAUUUACAUUCCGUCUGGUUUGAUUGUAAUCAUAUCAUGGGUAUCGUUCUGGUUGAAUCGUAACGCUACCCCGGCUCGUGUAGCGCUGGGUGUCACCACUGUGUUGACGAUGACUACUCUCAUGUCAUCUACUAAUGCUGCCCUGCCUAAGAUCUCCUAUGUAAAGUCGAUCGACGUCUACUUGGGCACCUGCUUCGUGAUGGUUUUCGCCAGCUUAUUAGAGUAUGCAACAGUGGGAUAUAUGGCUAAGAGGAUACAAAUGAGGAAACAAAGAUUUGUAGCCAUUCAAAAAAUCGCGUCCGAAAAGAAACUGCCUCCAGUGGAUUGCCCGCCAGUCGGAGAUCCCCAUACGCUUUCCAAGAUGGGUACAUUGGGUAGAUGUCCACCCGGGAGGCCUUCGGUAAGCUGCUCGGAAGUCCGCUUUAAAGUCCACGACCCUAAAGCACAUUCGAAAGGUGGCACGUUAGAGAACACAAUAAAUGGCGGCAGGAGCGGCACAGAAGAAGAAAAUCCUGGCCCUCCCCCGCACAUUCUGCACCCUGGAAAGGAUAUCAGCAAACUGCUGGGCAUGACACCGUCGGAUAUCGACAAGUACUCGCGCAUCGUGUUCCCUGUGUGUUUCGUGUGCUUUAACCUCAUGUACUGGAUCAUUUACCUACACGUGUCCGACGUCGUGGCUGACGAUCUGGUUCUUCUGGAAGAGGAUAAAUAGAGGGCAUUGUACACAACCCACUCAUUUUCCCACUGGUACCGAAAUAAUAAUUUGAAACGCAAUACAUGCGAAAUCUAGACACUAAAACAAAAACUUUGCCAUUAAAAGUAACCGUCAAAUAAAUUAGCGAAUUACUAGCACACGAUACAUUUUAGAUUUUAUUAAUAGCUGUAUAAUUUCUGAAAUGAAUUUGUAGAUAUAAUUAAAUUGCCUAGAUGUUAACUUAUACAUGUACCUACUAAACGUAACGUAAAGUAAAUGUAAAUAUAUUAACUUGAAUGAUACGAGUAAUUACGGAAGUUUUUAUCUAAGAUAGUCUCUUUUCUUGGAGUCUGAAGUAGAAACAAAACGACUGAAAUUUUUUGACAUUUUAGAUGUUGGGCGAUUGAAAAUAAUUUUGGUUUACAGAUUGUGUAUAGAUUCGUUUAGUAGCAUGAUUGAUUGAGUUGGUAGAUCAGGCUCUAUGUAGAUCUUGCGGUGUAAAUCAUUUGGAUUGGAAUAAUUCCGCGAGCACUCAACGAGUUUAAGCAAUAAUUAGACUACGAGAUAUGUGUUACAAACUAACGAAUAUUUCGAUAUUUAUUUACUUACAAUAAUGGACUUCGAAGCGAUUGAAAAAGUUCCUAAAUUAUUGUUGUGUGGCAAAAGGUAUGUUUUUAUACGUGACAACAGUUUCAAAUUAUUAUUAUUGUGUGGUAAAAUGAGUGGUAGAGUAAUUAUAGUUGUAAUAUAAUCUGAUGCUCAACUUUCACUGCUUGAUUUAUUAAUUAGUUUUAGUAGAAUUUUGUAUUAGUUAAACAGUUAGUGAUUUGUUUAUUCUUUGCUAAUUUUGUAUCGUUAGAACAUACUAAACAGGUACCUAUUUUGUUUUGAUUGCGGUUGCAAACCAUCUCAAUUACCCUGGACGACUUUUAUUUAAAUAUUGUAGCUUUAUGUUAUUCUAAUUUGGAAAUGAUUCGUGAAUGUUAAGAAAUUGACUCUGCUUUCCAUCUACAAAUGCAUGCCGAA